AUGAACGGCUUCUCCAUCAAACUCCCCGAGCGCGCCGGCAUGGUCCUCCAAAAGUGGAACGGACGUAGACAUGAGGCCCUUCGACGGGUCUAUGAAGAAGCCGAUCUCUACGACGACCUCAUAAUCGGGGAUUACGAGGACACCUACGUGAAUCUAACCUACAAGAUGAUCACCAGCCUCCGUUGGGCUUCCGCAUUUUGUCGUGGAAAAGCAGACGCCUUUCUCUUCCUCGACGAUGACUAUCGCUUCAGCGCCGACAACGUUCUAAAUUACCUUGACAUUCUGGCACCUCGAGAGAAGGCUCGCCUUCUGGCGGGAAAACUGAUGAGUUGGCGCAAAGUUAUUCGACCCUUCGAGGACCCGUCUCGCAACAAGUGGGCCCUCAGUGUGGAUGAGGUGCCCUGGCCCGACUUUCCACCUUACUUCUCUGGCGCCUCCUACCUAGUCGGCAUGGACGUAAUUUCUGACCUGGUCAUUGCCGCUGCCUACACCCGACUGCUCUGGGUGGAUGACGUCUUUUUGGGCUUCGUCAUUACUAAACUGCCUUACACCUCCGAAUCCAUGAAGGGGUUUUACAUGGAGUUUGCAAAUCAUCGGAAGGCUCUCGUCUCCCAUGCGCCCACCAAGUUCACCCUCAGGAUGAUUAUUGAUAACCUAAACCAGCUGAGAAAUACCCUUCAUAUUUAG